AUGGGAAGAGUAGAUAAUAAACAGUUUUUGACAGAAGUGGGGAAGCUAUUGACUAGUGCAAACCUGUCCCAGUCAUCGCUCUAUUUGACCCAAAAAAGGUAUAUUCCAUAUGAUGAAGUCACUGGAAAACAGGAACUACCACAAAACUCUGUGAGUGGAUCAGCAUCAGUUAGUGAAAAUACUCCUUUCCAGAUAAUCAAGGAUUCUGAAAACUACGCUAUAUUAUUUCGUAUCACGGAUGGCGCCAGUGAUAAAUCAAAGAAACUUAAGUACUCCACAGUAGUUACUAAUGACAAAUUGGAAAACUUUUGGAAAGAAUAUACCAAUGUUUUGAAGUCUGGAAUCACGGGCUUGAAGAAAAAGGAGAAGAAAAAAAAUAAGAAGAAGGGCAAAGGUGUGACAAAAUGA